CCCGGCCCGGAGCGGACGCUAGAGCUGCGCCGGCCUUCCGCGGGCCGCCGAGAGGCCUGUGAGGUUGAGGUCGAGCACGGCGGAGCGCAGGUGCUGGUGCCUAUUCUGGACUCUACACUUGGCAGUGUUGGUGACUGAGCAGGCUGAAGUCCAGGGGAGCACCUGCCGGGUCAGCUCCGGGCCUGCCUUGAGAAUCUGAUUCCCUGCUGCAGAGAAAAGCAGCACCCAGGCUCAGACACCCCAGCCCAGGCUGGCCUGGAAUUCGCAGUUGUCCUUCUGCUUCAACUUCCCAAGUGCUGGGAGUAAGCCAUGCCCAGCUGAGAAAGAGUCUGUGUGUCCACUAGAAACAGAAUGGCCAGAUGCAAGGUCAAAGUUCACAGCAGCUACAUGAGAAAAAUAAAAAGGAAUGCACCAUGCCAAUAGUCGAUAAGCUGAAGGAGGCUCUCAAGCCUGGCCGCAAGGACUCAGCAGAGGAUGGGGACCUGGGCAAGCUGCUGGCUGCCUCUGCCAAGAAGGUCCUUUUGCAGAGGAUUGAAUUCGAACCUGCCAGCAAGAGCUUCUCCUACCAGCUAGAGUCCUUGAAGAGCAAAUACGUGCUGCUGAACUCCAGGGCCGAGGGAGCUAGUCGCCACAAGAGCGGAGAUGAGCUACAGGCCAGGAAACCAGGCACCGAGCGUGUGUCUGGAAGUGGAGGUGACGGAGUCCCCGCCCCACAGAAAGUGCUCUUCCCUAUGGAGAGACUGUCUCUAAGAUGGGAGCGCGUUUUCCGUGUUGGUGCAGGGCUGCACAACCUGGGGAACACCUGCUUCCUGAACUCCACCAUCCAGUGCUUGACCUACACACCACCUCUGGCCAACUACCUGCUCUCCAAAGAGCACGCGCGGAGCUGCCACCAGGGAAGCUUCUGUAUGCUGUGUGUCAUGCAGAACCACAUGGUCCAGGCCUUUGCCAACAGCGGCAAUGCCAUCAAGCCUGUUUCCUUCAUCAGAGACCUGAAAAAGAUUGCCCGGCACUUCCGCUUUGGGAACCAAGAGGAUGCGCAUGAAUUCCUGCGGUACACCAUCGAUGCCAUGCAGAAGGCCUGCUUGAACGGUUAUGCUAAGUUGGAUCGGCAGACACAGGCUACUACCCUGGUGCAUCAGAUCUUUGGAGGCUAUCUCAGGUCCCGAGUAAAGUGCUCUGUGUGCAAGAGCGUCUCAGACACAUACGAUCCCUACUUGGACAUAGCCCUGGAGAUUCGGCAAGCUGCAAAUAUCGUGCGUGCUCUGGAACUUUUUGUGAAACCAGAUGUCCUGAGCGGAGAGAACGCCUAUAUGUGUGCUAAGUGUAAGAAGAAGGUUCCAGCCAGCAAGCGCUUUACCAUCCACAGAACAUCCAAUGUCCUAACUCUGUCCCUCAAGCGCUUUGCCAACUUUAGCGGGGGAAAGAUCACCAAGGAUGUUGGCUAUCCCGAGUUCCUGAACAUCCGCCCAUACAUGUCGCAGAGCAGUGGUGACCCUGUCAUGUAUGGGCUCUAUGCUGUCCUGGUGCAUUCAGGCUACAGCUGCCAUGCUGGGCACUACUACUGCUACGUGAAGGCUAGCAACGGACAGUGGUACCAGAUGAAUGACUCGUUGGUCCAUUCCAGCAACGUCAAGGUGGUUCUGAACCAGCAGGCCUAUGUGCUCUUCUACCUGCGAAUUCCAGGCUCUAAGAAAAGUCCUGAGGGCCCUGUCUCCAGGGUGGCUUCCACUCUUCCCGGUCGUCCCAGUGUCAUUCCAGAUCACCCCAAGAAGAGCCCUGGCAAUGGGGUCGUCUCCUCCCCGCUGAUGGCAAAGCGACAAGACUCUGUGCCGAUGAGAAAGCUGCAGACCCCUGAGGAGAUUGGUGUGCCUGUGUCCAGGAAUGGCUCUGUGCCAGGCCUGAAGUUACAGAAUGGAUGUGUUCCGGCAAAGGCACCUGCCGGGUCCCCUUCCCCAAGACUCACCCCAACACCCACAAACAUGCCCACCAUUCUAGAUGAGCCUGGAAAGAAGGUGAAGAAAUCAGCUCCCCCGCAGUCCCUCACCGCAUCCCCUACCACUUCUCAGGGCUCUCCGGGGACCAGCGAAUCCAGGAGCCAGCGGCCUGGCUCCUGGUCAAGCAGGGACACCAUCUUCUCUACCUCACCAAAGCUCCUGGCCAAAGCCUUUGCUAAUGGGCACAGGCUGAAGGGGGAAGGCAAUGGUGUGGACCUGGAGAAGGGGGCUUCGAGCGGCUCGAGCCCUGAGCACUCUGCCAGCAGUGACCCUGUCAAGGCCCCACAGACCCCAGAGAGCAGAGCUGCACAUUUCUGUGAUUCUCAGGAAACAGACUCUCCCACCGCUGGCCAUUCCAAAGCACUGCUGAACGGAGUAGACGCCAAGAUAGUGAAGCAGAAGUCCCCUGCCCUGAGCAGCACCGCCACCGAGCCCACGAGCCUCAUGUCUCCUCCACCAGCCAAAAAACUGGCCCUGUCUGCCAAGAAGGCCAGCACCCUGCGGAGGGCGACCGGCAAUGACAUCCGUCCACCUCCCCCCUCAGCAUUCUCCGACCUCACCUACCCCAUGAAAGCCACCCACCCCGUCGUUGCCUCCACUCGGCCUGUCAGUAAAGCCAGGGCUGUUGCACCUGCUCCCCAACCAUCUACCCUCCUGAAGCAUUCCAUCCACCCCCACUCUGCAUCACUGUCCAGUAGUAGCGCCAAGCCCUUAGGGACAUCAGAGCCACAGAGCUGCCGCGCCUCUGCCUGGAUGCCCCUGCCUCAGGUCAAUGGGCACUUCAUGUCCCACUUACACCAGCUGCCAGAGGCCAGCGAGGCCCCGCACAGCCCCUCCAGAAAAAGGAAAAAGACCCCUAAUGGAGAUCCCCAGAGACUGGGCAUAGAUACACACCUCCCACAGUGCCUUGGGGGUGCACCUGCAGCAGCACGCAAGAAGAGGAAGAAGAAGAAGAAGAAGUGCCUAGAGGAUGAGGCUGCCACAGCUCCCCAGCAGGAAGGCCAGUCUCAGGACCAGCCUUGGAGUCCCAGGGGCCGGAAGGAAGAGGGUACACAUCCCCAGGUAAAUGGCCAUCAAGUGAAUCACGUCCUGGACAGUCACCAUGUGAGAAGCAAGAAAAGGAGGAAGAGGAAGAGAUCAGAGGGACUUAGCCAGGAAGCCACCCUGUCCCAGAACCUACUACAGCAUGGCUCCCACAGCUGCUCCCCUGCAGACCACUGUGAGCCUGAGGCCAGGACAGAGUUGCAGAGGAAGAAGAAAAGGCGAAAAAGGAAGCGUGAGUCACAGCAGGAGGAGGAGGAGGAAAGCAAGCACCCAGAAGGCCAGAGGAGCCCGAGGCCCAGCGUCACCCCAGUCCCUGAGCUGAGUGUGAACGGCCAUCUUUCUAGUGACCGCCUAGGGCUGGGACAAGCGCCUCUUAUUACCUGGAACAGAGAUCGAGAACCUGAUGUGGUCCAAGAGUUACUCCAGGACUCAUCUGAUAAGGCUUAUGGGAAAAAAGUUUUGACCUGGGAUGGCGAGCUUUCAGCGGUCAGUCAGGACGCUAUCAAAGACAGCAGACUGGCCCGGACCCAGACCGUGCUUGAUGACUGGGAUGAAGAGUUUGAUCGAGGGAAGGAAAAGAAAAUUAAAAAGUUCAAGAGAGAAAAGAAGAGAAACUUCAACGCUUUCCAGAAGCUUCAGAGUAAACGGAACUUUUGGUCUGUGACUCACCCUGCUAAGGUGGCCAGCCUCGGCUAUCGCCGCUGAGCUUGCUGCACUUGUUAGAGGAAGACCAGUAUGCCUGUGCCACUGCAUCCCAGAGCUGUCACAUCAUACCCUGGGGACUGUCCACAUGGAUCUGAGGAGCGGCCUUGCAGCCUCGACUGCACUGUGAGCCUGUCAUGGCAGAGGCUCCUGGUGCCACAGUUCAUAGAUGAUCCAGUGUCAGAGCCCUGGGGCUUCAGCUCAGGGCCUCUGGUGGCAUUCGUAAUGAACCUCACAAGAGAAAGCCUGGCCUGUGAUGUCAUGCUGACAGUAACCUAGGAGACAUCUUGAAAGGCUGAGCAUCCUCAUAGACCCUGGGGUCUAGGUAGGAAAACCCCUGUGUUCCUGGUCUGGGACUGUCAGAGACAAGGAGUGGAGCCAGCACCUCCAGCAUGUCCUUCACUCAGGAUGGCGGCAUGUUAGUGCCUCUUGUGGUGAGCCCUCCUUUGCUUUCCUGAGCUGGAGCUGUCUCGUGGCCCUCUCCUCUGAGGGGCCCCUGUGUGACUGACUGUCAGCUGCAGGGAGGAGGACCACCUGGUGACUGCACUGCCCCCCACCCCCAAGUGCAUCUCCUCAAAAGGACUCCACACCUUCUAGAAAUCAGCAGCUGCUAGGGAUCGGAGAGCCUUGAAAUACGUGCCAGCGCCUCUGCUUCUAAAGCUGCUGACCCCGCCGAGGUGACUUUGAGCUUCUCCUGCAUCUGUAGUAAGCCUGCGGGUCUCUGUCAAGGUGGUGGUCUUUAGAGGUGAAUUCUCCGUUAUUUUACUACUUACGAUAAAGCAUUUAUUUUUGACCAGGCCUGUGGCUUCCAGUAGCAAUUUGUUCCUCUAAUAUGCAAAUACUGGCUUCAUUUGCUCAGUUUUGUGAGUGCUUUGCAAGUGAGCUGAUUGUACAACUCAAGAAGAAUCCUUUCUUGCCCUGCUCCAGCUACCCCUGUGGACUCAGGGUUUAACAAACAAGACUCCUUGGUGAGGGGAAGACAGCACCCAGGAGAGGGAAAGUGCCAGAAGGUUCCUCCCCAUGGGGCACACCUCUUCUUUCCCAGAGUCCUAGGCUGCUCUGGGCUGGCCUCCUCAGUCUGGACUUCUUGGGAGGGGCAGGAGCUGUCUCCCCAAUUCCACGAGCAGCAUUUUAUCCAGCUGCCUGACCAGGGCCUCACUUGCUGCAAAUGUGGAAAAAGAAUUGUGUUCUCCGUGCGGGGAGGUGAGGUCCUGCUUCCAUGUGGGCGUUUCUGAGCAGCAAUCCGUGGUGGGUCUGCUGGCUGAGUCUCCCAGCCAUCGGUGAUGAGUCUUGUGUGGGCUGAGUUCUGGAUAUCAUGUCCAGGAGUGGUGUGGCCUUCAUGUGUUGUCUUGAAGGGAGGCAGGCACCUUCAUGGGCAGGGAUUAUCAUUUCCUUUGAGGUAUUGUCAUUUGUUCCUGUAUCAGUUGCUUCCUGGCCACAUUUGUUUUUUCCUAUGACAUUCUCUGGUUGAAAGUUGUAGGAGCUGCCAGCACAGAAUUGAUCUGUCUCCCAUGUUUCCUCUACAUGGGUUCCUUCCUUUGUCCAAUAGAUUAUCUGUUGCAAAAUCUCUUCCAGGGGAGUGUAGUCCACUGCCUCUUGGGUAGUCAUGGUCCCCCAACUGACAUCUUGACUUCUGGCAGCAUGUGUUGCUGUCCGUGAAGGCAAGUCCUCUCCUUCCUUAGAAGCCAUUAGAAACAGGCUAGGGACAGAAUGGGCCUGGAAAAAUCAUUAAAGUUCUAGGUGACGUGUACUGUCCUAAAUAACUGAAGCUUUUCUAAAAGCAGCCAUUUUGUUGGAUCAAGUCACAUCAUUUGAACUGCGUGCUUGGCCGUAGCUAUGGUUUGGCCCGUGUGCAGAGGGCCCCCUCCCGGUGUUUCUGUUCUCCCUCACCUGCCUGUUGUUAGGGGCUCUUCUCAUCCUACAUCCUUAUGUGGCUGCAUCUGUAUGUGUACAGGGAUCCCCAAACUCUUCAUUCCCUCUUCAGGAGCCCCCAGAUAUUGCCAAGAUCUUGGUGCAAUAAAGUAAUGCAUUUUUGUGAGUUC